AUGCGGGGAAGAAAUUAUUUGACCCGUUAUUACUUUAAUACCGUCAAGUUGGUAAUGGAUGUGCAAUCGAAGGGAAUGAAUGCUGAUUGUGAGGGUGCGUGGGAUGUGUGUGUGUGUUUUUUUUUUAAUUAUUGUUGUUGUUUAUUUAUUUAUUUUUCCGAGCAUAUGUGCCUUUGUUGUAUUUCAUACUUUAAUGUUUCUUUAACCACAAUCAUAUACACUUUGGUGUGGUUUUUAUUUUCCUCUGUGACCUUGUGGGGCACCUUACCUCAUUUUGUUACUCAUUUUUUUCCUUUUCACCGUGCGAUCAUUUGUAUUUACUGUCUGUUGACUUCGAUUUUUUUUUCCUUUUUUUUCCUUUUCGUUGGUGGGGACGCACACCAAUAUCAUGGGAUAUUCCAUUCAUAUGUUUUGGUUCCUGUAUUAAAUGUUUCACUCCUCAUGUUUUUUCCUCCCCCCUUCUCGUCAUACUUUGCUACGUGA